UUUCACACGGUUCCCAGGAGCGAAAACACCAUCAGGAGUACUUUUUUCUUGAUCUCGUGAAUAUGUUGUGGUGUUUUCUUCUGCUCUGGAUCUUACUGAGGCGUGCAGACUCCUUUAGCGUCACAGUACCCUCCAGUCCUAUACUCGUGGUCCGUGGAGCCACAGCUCUUCUUCCCUGUGAAUUUGAACCAGACCCUAACAUCAAUGAUUUGGUGAUCACAUGGCAACGGCAGGAAGACUCACGUGUGGUCCACAGCUUCUACUAUGAGAGAGACCAGCUUGAGCGACAAGGCUCAGACUAUUUAAACCGGACGAAGUUAAAUCGAGAGGGACUUGCUGAAGGAAAUGCAUCCCUGAGUAUAACCAAUAUUGGACUGAAGGAUGCAGGGAAAUACAUAUGCUUAGUGAGCAACAACAAGGGAACUGACAGAGGAGUGGUGCAGUUGGUUUACACGGCUUUCUAUUCUGAGCCAAGGUUAAGCAUCCAUCUCAAAUCUACCAAUGUCACUGUCCAAUAUGAGACAGAGGGCUACCCGAGGCCAGAGGUCAUGUGGCUGGGGUCAGAAGGUCAGAAUCUCACUGACGACCUGGAAGUUUCAUCUGCAUCAGACGGUGGACUGUACUAUUUAAAAAGCAGCUACAUAACACAGAAUCCAGUGUUCAGUGUCACAUUUACUUUGAAAAACCCUGCUGCACAUCAGGAGCUACAGAGGCAUGUUAACCUCAGCUACGAUGGGAACCCCAGCUCCAGUCAAUUAGUCGUGGUUCUGUCUGUAUUGUGUGUUUUCCUCCUGUGCUCGACGGUUCUGCUGCUGUGGUUAUACUGUCGUGACAGGAAUCUCAGAUCAAGAUUGACAUGAAUUACUGGAAAUUGCGUGCCUGUGCUGAGCACCAACUACUACUGCUAUCUCAAAGUGCCCCAACAUCAUUUUUGGGCAUUCAUUUUUAUAUUAAAUUAAUACUGCUGAUCUUCUUGACUUUAUGUAAUCCAUCCAGAGUUUGGAGAGACGCACAAGAAAUCAUUAAAGUUGAAGGGUGUGAUUUUAGUUGAUUUUUAAUCAUUCUUUUCACUUGCUGUCCUAGUUUCUUCACGAGCAACUAUCCUGAGUCAAUUUCAGGCUUUUUAGAGCAGAAUGAGAAUACUAUAAUUAGAAUGUUUUACAAAAAAAUAAAAUCAUAUCAAAUUCAUGGCUACUUUUGAAUUUGCCGUUUAUGGGAAAAGUGACAGCAACGGUAACAUGACUAUGCUAACACUAGCAUGAAUUUAAGGCAGAACUAUCAAUCUUUUUUAUUCUGUUUGGCACCACAGAAAUUACACGCUUCAGCUUUAAAAGUGUAAGCUCAAUGAAGAUGUCAAAAGUCUAUCGUUUAUUU